AUGCAAAUCCUGUCGCCUCCGAGAGACACAAGUGAUACCAGCACUGGGAGGCGGCUGCAGCGCGGAUCUUGGGGAACCUGGCCGCCCACCCACAACCCAGUCUCGAUCCCCGAGUCCAGCUGAGGCUCGGAGCCAUCCGGCGACCCGGCGAGCGGCCUCAGGCCCCGCCAUGGGGAAGACCAACAGCAAGCUGGCCCCGGAGGUGCUGGAGGACCUGGUUCAGAACACCGAGUUCAGCGAGCAGGAGCUGAAGCAGUGGUACAAGGGCUUCCUGAAGGACUGCCCCAGCGGCAUCCUCAACCUGGAGGAGUUCCAGCAGCUCUACAUCAAGUUCUUCCCGUACGGCGAUGCCUCCAAGUUUGCUCAGCACGCUUUCCGCACCUUCGACAAGAACGGCGAUGGCACCAUCGACUUUCGGGAGUUCAUCUGCGCCCUUUCUGUCACUUCCCGCGGCAGCUUCGAGCAGAAACUCAACUGGGCCUUUGAGAUGUACGACCUGGACGGCGACGGGCGCAUCACGCGCUUGGAGAUGCUGGAGAUCAUCGAGGCUAUCUACAAGAUGGUGGGCACCGUGAUCAUGAUGCGCAUGAACCAGGAUGGGCUCACGCCCCAGCAGCGUGUGGACAAGAUCUUCAAGAAGAUGGACCAGGAUAAGGAUGACCAGAUUACUCUGGAGGAGUUCAAGGAGGCAGCCAAGAGUGACCCAUCCAUUGUGCUGCUGCUGCAGUGUGACAUGCAGAAGUAGAGAGCAAAGGCUGGUGAGGGGCUGGGCCCUGGCCAGGAGGAGCGGGGCCACCUCCCAACCCCAUGACCUCUCUGGCUGGCCCUUCCCUAGGGGCAGGGGUACUCCAGCCUCAUUUUCUGGCCCACCCACCCCUCUGCCCAAGCCCCUGCUCCCCUCAAUCAAGAUCUUUGAGGGAACACUUCACCCUGGAAAAGAGAGAUCCUCAGGUGUCCUGUGGUCUAGACCCACCCCCAGUCUUGGCCCAGAACUAACAUCCACUGGGCAAAGGGGAGUUAGCUUUGCCCCUAUAGGCAGGGUUAAGGAGGGAGGCUGGGUUCUGCUUUGAAAGUCCGUUCUUCCUGGGGUUAUAUUUUAUAAGAUGUGGUUCCACACACCCCAGUUAAAGGGCCAAAUUGGGUCUGUCCUUUAUUAAGGACCCAGGUCCCUUACAGGUGGUCUCUGCCCUGUUCCCUCAACUCUCCCUGGCUCUUUUGGCUCCUGUCUUUGAAGCGUUCAUUCAGUCCUUUCUUCAGCUAACAGUCAUUGAACCCCUGUUCAAUGUCAGGCACCUCUAGGUGCUAAGGAUAUGGUAGUCUACAGGACACAUUCUGUGCCCUCCGGAAGCUCACACAGUGAGGCAGGCUUCCAGUGGUCAGAGACGUUGAACACAGCUGAGCACAGGGUGGGUAAGGCUGGUUAGUUUGAGAGGAACUAUUAAAUCUUUCCACUCCAUUCUAUGCAGAGCUGCAGGAGGAUAAAUGAAGUGUUUGGAAGUCUAAGAACCAUGUAAGUGGAAGUUUUAAGAAAAAUUGAAAUUUAUGCAAUACCUAAUUUUUUUUAGUACCCUUAAAAGGAGCUAAAGUAAUUUUAUUAGUUUAGGGUAUUAAAACAUACUCUAUAUUACUUGAUUUCUUAUAAAAUAAUAAAAUGAAUACAGAAAUGCUAAUUUUCAUGGGGAAAAAGAGCUGAGAGA